AUGCCCACCAUCCUCCUCACCCUCCUCGCCCUCUUCACCCUCCGCCUCCUCUACGAAUACAAACGCGACCGCAACCUUCCACCAGGCCCACGUCGCCUCCCCCUAAUCGGCAACCUGCACCAAGCCCCUCAAACCCUCCCGUGGCGAGUCUUCGACCAAUGGAGCAAAACCUACGGGCCUAUCAUGUCCGCCCAAUUUGGGCGCCAAACCCUCAUUUUGAUAACCUCACCCACCAUCGCACGCGAUCUUCUCGACAAACGCGGUAGCAUCUAUGCCGACCGCCCAGACCUCGUUAUGGCGAAUAACAUCACCAAGGGCCUGCACAUGCUCAUCCGGCAAUACGACGACUGGUUACGACUCCACCAGCGCCUCGAUGCUCCGCUGCUUAGUCCCCGCGCGUCGAAUACAUACCACCCCAUACAGGAUCUGGAGAGUAAGCAGCUCAUGUUCGACUUGUUGCGGUCGAAUGACUUCGACGCGCAUUUCGAGAGAUAUAGUGGGAGUUUGAUGUUCGCGUUGGCGUACGGGUUCCGACUUCUCUCGCCAAAGGGGCAGGAGUUGCGCGAUAUGCGGACCAUUCAGGGGAAUUUUACCUACGCGGCGAGAGUGGGAACGUGGAUUGUGGAUGCGAUUCCGGUGUUGAAUUACUUGCCGGCGGUGGUGGCGCCGUGGAAGAGGCUGGCGGAGAAGCUGUUUCGGCUGGAGGCGAGUGUACACACAAGACAUCUGGAGAAGGGGUUGAGGAGUGAGGCGUGGAAUUGGUCGAAGGAGUUCUCCGCGUCGAAGCAUGCGGAGGGGAUGCCGCGGAUGGAUUUAGCGUAUAACCUGGGGAUUUUGGUGGAUGCGGGGUUUGAGACGACGUGGGCGGUGAUGAAGAUCUUUGUGUUGGCGAUUCGGACGGAUCCGCGGUUUGUGGCGGUCGCAAGGAAGGAGUUAGAUGAGGUGGUGGGUGAGGAUAGGAUGCCGACGUUUGAGGAUCAGGAGAAGUUGGUGUAUGUGCAGGCAGUUGUGGAUGAGACGUUGCGGUGGAGGUCGAUGGCUCCGGGCGGGAUACCGCAUGCUGCGAGGAAGGAGGAUACUUACAUGGGAUAUCGGAUCCCAAAGGGGGCGACGGUGAUUCCGUUGUUCUGGUCGAUGUGUCUGACUGAUGAGCCGUGGGAUGAUCCGCUGGAGUUUCGGCCGGAGAGGUGGUUCGAGGCGACUGGGAAGGAGGAUGGUCGGUUUCGCAAUUUCUUUGGAUAUGGGCGGCGGAUAUGCACGGGUCGGCAUAUUGCGAGGAAUUCGUUGUUUCUACUAAUGGCUAGGAUUCUUUGGGCGUUUGAUAUCCAGGCGCCGCUGGGAGAUGAUGGGAAACCGGUACCGGUGGAUGAUAUGGCGUUUGAUUCAGCUUUUGUGUCGACACCGGAACCUUUUGAGGCGCUGUUUGUGCCGCGCAGUGAGAAGGCCAAGGCGAUCGUAGAGCGGGAGUGGAAUGACGCAGAGAAGGACAUGGCGGUGUUGAUGGAUAAGGUGCGGGAGAGCCAGCGGGCGCUUGGGCUGGAUAUUAGGGCGUGA